UUGGACUCUCACUUGCUUUGCUUGACAAGACAGCUCCACACAUACAUAUGUAUAUUCAAAUAUUCAACAAACAGAAACUACUCUAAACAGAACAUGUUCAGCGAUAAUUUGCUGUUCUCCUCUUCUUAUGGUAGGAUCAGCAAGGCUGAUUUCUCCGUGGAAAAUGCCGUCCUGGAGGAGGAAAGCGAGCCAUGUUCGUUGGAAGUGAAGAUGUCAAGGACAUCGGUGCUCGUACUAGACUACAAGCAGUUCAUCGCUGCCCGGCGCAUCCAGACCCUCUGGCGGGGCUAUCGGGUCCGAAAGUGGAACCAUCUGCGGUGGGAUGCGGCCAUCACCGUCGAGCGGUGGUGGCGCGGCUAUCGGGUGCGCAGCCACAUGUCACUGGACGUCGAGAAGCGCCUCCAGGACAACCUUGUCGAGCACUACAACCGGUCGGCCAUCAAGAUCCAGUCGCUCUUCCGGGGCUGGUGGAUCAGGAACACGGUGCAUGACGCGAACACUCUGCGCCGCAUGCAGACCUAUGCCGCCCAGGAGCUGCUGUACUGCGUGGCCUUCCAGCUGCACCACCUAAUGCGGACCCAAGAGCUACCGGGUGUCUACUCGCUGCGCCAGUCCGAAUGCCUGUCCAAAGUCGAGAAGAUAAUGGCCAGCAUGGUGUUCCGCUUCUGCAACGGCGGCGUCCUCGGAUUGAUGGCACGUCGCACAGCCCAGGCGGAGGAGCGACGCCGGUUGUUCCAGAAGUCGGAAUACAAGACUGUCAUACCCUACAGCGGACCCAACUUCAACAUGGACUGCUCUCCGCAGUACGACGAAUCGCUUCUGACCAAAACAAUCGUGGACAAUCGCAUAUUCAAGAUCAUUUUUGAGUACGAGAAGUCACUCGUGGAUCCGACUGUGCACGAAAUCCAGCAAAAUCAAGCCGAGCGCAAACGUCGCAUGUUCCUGGAAAAGGUGCGCGCUCAACAGAUGGCAAAGAAGCAGAGCUUCUGCGAAUAUGUCAUCCAGAAUAUGCGCAAAUGGAAAGUAUGGAAUGGAGAGCAGAUCAUACUCAGAAAUGACAUGUUCCGCGACGCCGAAAACCUCGAGAUCUUCUUCAACGAGGCGGGUCACCUUCUGGAUAAACUAUUGACAUGCCACUGCAGGCUAGACGCUUCCCCUGAGGGUCAGUGCUAUCCCAAAUUGACAACCCCUAUAGAAUAAAUUAUGUGUGUAUGAGCCACGAGCAGCUCUCUCAGCCAA